UUAAAAUAUUAGAGAGAAAGGGAGAGAAGACCAGAAAAACCUAAUAUUAGGAGGAGUAGAGAAAAGUCUUUCAGAGAUUUGUGAAUUGUGAAAGAGAAAAAUGGCGAUGGCGAGUAUUGCUAGACGGUCGAGGAAUCUCUACUACAACAGCUCCAAGUACUACGCUUUCUCCUUGAGCAGAGGAUUCGCGUCGGGAUCUGAGGAGAACGACGUCGUUGUCAUCGGCGGCGGGCCCGGCGGCUAUGUGGCCGCCAUCAAGGCUGCUCAGCUCGGCCUCAAAACCACCUGUAUAGAGAAGCGCGGAACCCUAGGCGGCACCUGCCUUAACGUCGGUUGUAUUCCUUCUAAGGCAUUACUGCACUCCUCACACAUGUACCAUGAAGCUACACACUCAUUUGCCAACCAUGGUGUGAAGUUUUCUUCUGUUGAGGUUGAUUUACCUGCAAUGAUGGCCCAAAAAGAUAAAGCUGUGUCUAACUUAACAAAAGGUAUUGAGGGUCUAUUCAAAAAGAACAAAGUGAACUAUGUCAAGGGAUAUGGUAAGUUCCUCUCACCUUCAGAAAUUACGGUGGACACUAUUGAUGGAGGUGAAACUGUUGUCAAAGGGAAAAAUAUUAUAAUUGCAACUGGUUCUGACGUCAAAGGUCUUCCUGGGAUGACCAUUGAUGAGGAAAGAAUUGUAUCAUCUACUGGUGCUUUAGCAUUAAAGGAAAUUCCUAAGAAGCUAGUGGUUAUUGGAGCUGGGUAUAUUGGACUCGAAAUGGGCUCUGUCUGGGGCCGACUUGGCUCAGAGGUCACUGUUGUUGAAUUUGCACCUGAUAUUGUUCCUAGCAUGGAUAGUGAAGUUCGCAGACAAUUUCAACGUACCCUUGAGAAGCAGAAGAUGAAAUUUAUGCUUAAAACUAAGGUGGUCUCAGUUGACAGUUCAGGUGAUGGUGUUAAGUUGACACUUGAACCGGCAGCUGGUGGUGAUCAGACUAUUCUUGAAGCUGAUGUUGUCCUUGUUUCUGCUGGUAGAACUCCAUUUACUGCAGGGCUUCAAUUGGACAAAAUAGGAGUUGAAACUGACAAGAUUGGUAGAAUCUUGGUUAAUGAACGCUUUGCCACUAGCGUACCCGGGGUCUAUGCCAUUGGUGAUGUUAUUCCAGGGCCUAUGUUGGCUCACAAGGCAGAGGAAGAUGGUGUUGCAUGUGUGGAAUUCAUUGCAGGCAAGGAAGGCCACGUGGACUAUGAUAUGGUUCCCGGGGUUGUGUACACACACCCUGAGGUGGCCUCAGUUGGAAAAACCGAGGAACAAGUGAAGGCACUUGGAGUCAGUUAUCGUGUUGGGAAGUUCCCUUUCAUGGCAAACAGCAGGGCCAAGGCAAUUGAUGAUGCUGAGGGGUUAGUCAAGAUCCUCGCUGAGAAGGAAACCGACAAAAUAUUGGGCGUCCACAUCAUGGCACCAAACGCAGGAGAGCUCAUCCACGAGGCCGUGCUGGCAUUGCAGUAUGGAGCAUCCAGCGAGGACAUCGCUCGCACAUGUCAUGCCCAUCCAACAAUGAGCGAGGCCGUUAAAGAAGCUGCCAUGGCCACUUAUGACAAGCCAAUUCACAUUUAGAAAAGUUGAUGAUAUAUUCUCUUGUUUGAUAUUCUCUUGAGGGUUUUGAAAUGACAUUUAGCACAGUUUUUGCUAAUAUGCCUCACCACCCAAGUAGAUCAAGUGGUUGAACAGAAAUUUCCACUUUCUUUGGGAUUAAAAAUACACUGAUGUGAAGGCUUCUUUGUUUGCAUUUUGUCUCUAUUCAUACAAAUAAAAAUAUGAGCCGGUUUACAAACUUUA